CAUAGCUACAGUCAUUAUAACCUCAUCUGAUGUACCUUAGAUGGUUUAUAUAUAUCUACAAAUUCCGAAGGCCACAGCCUACAUCGCAAUAUUCACUGUGCUGUGUAUCCUAUCCACGCCAUAUUCUUGUCACCUCUGAACGACACUGUGUAGGCUACCUUAGUGCACCUAGAAAGACCGCCGCCACAUUGCAUAUCGGACAUCUGUUUGCGAAAGUAGCUAGUUAUAGAAAGGUUGGUUAGAUAUACUUGUCAUUUGUUUACACUUUUCUCGAGUAUUCGAGCAGUGGGGUAUAGCCAUGUUGCAACUCCUAAGACACCAGGCUAGAGGGACGAGGAGAUGCCUCUGUGGCCAGCGGCGAUAUGAGCAUCACAAGAGCGUCAUGGCCAUCCGGCGUGAGGACAUCAACGUGUGGGAGAGACGGGCACCGCUGGCUCCGCGCCACGUUAAAGAGAUUGUCCAUGCUGGCCACAAGGUCCUCGUCCAGCCCUCCAACCGAAGAGCCAUCCACGAGAAUUAUUAUGAGAAAGCGGGGGCCAUAAUUUCGGAGGACAUUUCGGAGGCCUCGUUGAUCAUUGGCGUCAAGAGUCCUCCGGAGGAGAAACUCUAUCCCAGAAAGACCUACGCCUUUUUCUCUCACACCAUCAAAGCACAGGAAGCUAACAUGGGACUACUGGAUGACCUGCUCAAAAAGGAAGUGCGUCUCAUCGACUACGAGAAGAUGGUGGACGCCAAUGGCUUCCGUAUAGUGGCAUUUGGACAAUGGGCUGGCGUUGCAGGAAUGAUCAAUAUUUUGCAUGGUUUGGGACUUCGUUUUCUGGCGUUGGGACACCACACUCCUUUUAUGCACAUCGGUAUGGCCCACAACUACAGGAACGUCAGCCAGGCCAUCCAGGCAGUGAGGGAUUGUGGGUACGAGAUCUCCAUGGGCCUCAUGCCCAAGUCCAUCGGCCCAGUGACGUUUGUCUUCACCGGCACAGGCAACGUCUCCAAGGGUGCACAAGAUAUCAUCAAUGAGCUUCCUGUAGAAUACGUGGAGCCUCAUGAGCUAAAAGAUGCGUCUCAAACUGGAGACAUGUCCAGAGUGUACGCCACCGUUCUGAGUCGUCACCACCACCUGAUGAGGAAGAGUGAUGGUGUUUAUGACCCCCUGGAGUACGAGUAUCACCCGGAACUGUACACAUCACACUUCAGAACCAGCGUGGCGCCCUACACCACGUGCCUGAUCAACGGCAUCUACUGGGACCCCCAGACACCGCGGCUCCUCAGGCGGCUGGAUGCCCAGAGGCUCCUGACGCACGUCAAGCCCUCUGCCGCCGCUACGGAGGGAUGGCCAGAACUACCACACAAGCUUCUGGCAAUCUGUGACAUAUCUGCCGACAUGGGGGGCUCCAUUGAGUUCAUGACUGAGUGCACCACCAUUGAUAAGCCUUUCUGUAUGUAUGAUGCGGACCAGCACAUAGACCACGACAGUGUGGAGGGCACAGGUAUCCUCAUGUGCUCUAUUGAUAACCUUCCUGCCCAGCUCCCCAUUGAAGCCACUGAGUAUUUCGGAGACCGCCUUUUUCCCUACAUUUGGGAGAUGCUUCCCUCCGAUGCCACCAGACCCCUUGAAGAAGAGGACUUCUCACCUCAAGUUAGAGACGCUGUGAUAACGUCAGAAGGAAAGCUUACCCCAAAGUUUGAAUACAUUGAAGAACUUCGUGAACGAAGAUUCCUUUACAGAGAGCAAGCCAAGAUCACGAAGAGGAGUGGAAUGAAGCGAGUGCUACUACUGGGCUCAGGUUACGUGUCGGGCCCAGUCAUCGAGUACCUCACCCGGGACCCAGGAACUCAAAUCACUGUUGCAUCAGUAUUUUUGACCCAGGCAGAGGAGCUGGCAGGGAAAUACCCCAACACCAUCCCUGUCAUGCUGGAUGUCACCAGUCAGGAGGGCCACCUGGAGUCCCUGGUCAAAGACCAUGACCUAGUCAUUAGUAUGCUGCCGUACGGGUAUCACCCUGUCAUCGCCAAACACUGCAUCAACAAGAAGGUAAACAUGGUGACUGCCAGCUACCUGAGUCCAGCCAUGAAGGACCUCCAACAGAGUGCUGAGGAAGCUGGCAUCACCAUAGUGAAUGAGAUGGGCCUGGACCCUGGCAUCGACCACAUGCUAGCUAUGGAGUGCAUCGACCAAGCCAAGGCGGACGGCUGCACUAUUGAGUCAUACAGUUCAUUCUGUGGUGGACUCCCUGCACCAGAAUGCUCAGACAAUCCUCUGCGCUACAAAUUCAGCUGGAGUCCAUAUGGAGUCCUCCUCAAUACCAUCAGCCCUGCCAUCUUCCUCAAGGACAACGAGGUGGUGAGCAUCCCAGCAGGCGGCACUCUGAUGGAAUCCACAGCUCCUAUGGACUUCCUGCCCGGCUUCAACCUGGAGGGCUUCCCCAACCGCGACAGCACCAAAUACUCAGAGCAAUACGGCAUCGAGUCAGCCCACACACUCAUCAGAGGAACACUCCGCUUCAAGGGUUUCUCCAAGGCCAUGAGUGGCUUUGUGAAGCUGGGUCUGAUCAACACUGACCCCUGCCCCAUGCUGAAGCACACCUCCGCUCCCGUCUCCUGGAAAGAGCUGCUGUGUAAGCAGAUUGGCCUGCCCACCUCCACCUCUGAGGAGGCCUUCGAGGGAGCCGUUUACGACCGCAUCGGCCAAGACCAUUUCAAGAUGGAGACACUCAAAUGGUUUGGGAUGCUGAGUAAGGAGGCUGUUCCCCAUGCAGAGACCGUACUGGCUUCACUGGCUAAGCACUUGGAGUCCAGGCUCUCCUUUGAUAAAGGCGAGCGGGACAUGAUUAUCAUGAGGAACGACGUGGGCCUGCGCCACUCCACAGGCGAGCUGGAGACCAAGCACAUCAGCCUGGUGGUCUACGGAGACCCCGACGGCUACUCUGCCAUGGCCAAGACCGUGGGCUACCCUGCUGCCAUCGCUGCUCGCAUGGUGCUGGACGGAGAAAUCCGUACGAAGGGACUGGUGGUGCCAAUGACUAAGGACAUCUAUGGACCGGCUCUGAAAAGACUGCAGGAGGAGGGCCUCCAGUUCACCUCGAAAAGCACCAUCCAAGAGUAGGAACUCAUGAGUCAUCGGCUGCGUCUCAAUAGUGUUAAUGAUUUCCUUUCCUGGUGUCCUCUCCUUCAUCUGCACUGAUCCAAAGAAAGACCCCACAUAUAUUUUAUUCUUCAGAACAGUGCAGAUAAAGGGAAGGAGAUGAGGAAAGGAAGCUAUUUUAGACAAUUGAGAAAUAGUCGUAACUCCAUGUGAUAGACAGACAGGAAAUACAGCCAAUCAGUGGCUGGGUACCAGGCCACAGAGAAACGGGAUGCAUCUCAAUAGUCACAAGUUACUUUCUCCGUUUGUCUCCUGUCCUUCAUCUGUGCUGAUCUGAGAAGGCAGGGUGGGUGAAGGCAAUAUGGUAGAAAUCCUCAGAAGGACAGCAUAUGAGGAGGGGAAGUCACUUUAGGCUAUUGAGAUGCACCCUGACUUUCUGCUUGUUUCAAAAGCAUCUAAUGUACAUUGUGUCAACAUGUCAAAUAGAACCGUUACGUUGUAGGUGAACAGUUUCCAAGCACUUUGCUUCUUUAAUUAAGACUGUACAAUUCUUUACCUGGAGAACCACAACUCCCUGAGUGUCGUUAUAACAUGAUAUAACGAUCCUAUAAUCUGCGCAGACCUGCUAAGCUAAAGGGUCUCGUCUUUCCUUGACCAUAACGUAUGCUUGUCCUGAUGUUGAUCAGCUGCUGCACAGUUCCACUGAUCUUUACAUAUUGAUUUGGUUAUCUGAUCAUUGUUGAUAACACUCAGACAAUCAAAAUGCUAGAAAUAUCAGAAGUGAAUGUGUACAGUGCAUGCUCAGAAACAGACCAGUGAAUAAGUUGCGAGUGAACAGCACUAAUAUAAUACCGUAGCCUGGACAGCUUGCUCAUAAGAACAAGUAGUUGUAGUAACUCACCAAGAGCCUCUGAACACUUUUUAAACUGUAUCUUUUACUUUUUUACACAGUGACCUGCGUCACCGGUCAACCAUAGCUCAUACUGAAACCCCCCAAAAACCUACCAUGUCUCAUUUUCAGGCAAUAGUUUUAAAUCGAUCUACUGUAUUUGUGUACAACUCAUUCUAAAUUGUGUUCAGAUACAUUUAAGAGCAAAACAGAUUUAUUUAUGUUUAAUCCUAUUUAAAGAUCCCAAACUAUUUGUUGAGUAAAAUAUCCAAGUGUAUUUAUUUUCCGGAUUGGACAUAAAUGGUCUCCAGUGCUGCAGCAUAUUGUUUCUGCUUUAUUAAAUGGUUGAAAUGUAAGAUUGA